AAAGAUUACGUACUAAUGCCUUCGCAACAUUUAACUUUUAAAACUAUCCACACCGCAAAAAAAUUGGUUAGAAAGAACCACACAGCCGCCCAGCAGACAGAAGCAGCAUCUAAAAAUCCGGAAGUGAGAGCGUGCUCGCGCGCGCACAAUGGGGAGGACGCGUACCGUCAGUCACGUGACCGCCAGGCGGCUUCUGCUUUCGGAGGCUCGGUCAUUAAGUGUGCGAUUCGCACCUGGUUGAAAAGCGUCGGUUCAACGGGGAGAAGAAUGACAGCCUACGAAACGCCAAGCUUGUCUGUUGUGGUGGAUGAAGCCCGCGCAGUGUUUCGGAAAAGCUUCGGGAACUUGCGACCUACUUUGACAGCCGUAGCACCCGGGAGAGUGAAUUUAAUCGGCGAGCACACAGAUUACAACCAGGGAUUCGUGCUGCCCAUGGCUUUGCCUAUGUGCACAGUUAUAGUGGGAAAUCCAACAUCAGACAAGUUUGCUGUCAUUGUAACUGCGGCAAGAGAAGCCGAUGAACCUCACAAGGUCGAGUUCCCAAUUCCUGAAGGUUCCAGUCUUAAACCUGGGGAGCCCAAAUGGGCCAAUUAUGUGAAGGGAGUUGUCCAGUAUUAUAGAGCGGGUCCUCUUCCAGGCUUCAAGGCUGUAAUAGCAAGUAAUGUGCCACUUGGAGGUGGGCUGUCUAGCUCUGCAUCUCUCGAGGUUGCUGUGUACACCUUCCUGCAGCAGCUUUGCCCAGAUGAUGGAGAUUUGGUGAAAAAAGCACUUGCUUGUCAGAGAGCGGAACAUGAUUUUGCAAACAUGCCUUGUGGAAUUAUGGACCAGUUUAUAUCAGUCAUGGCCAAAGAAGGACAUGGACUUCUUAUAGAUUGCAGGUCCUUGGAAUCCUUCCCUGUGCCGCUUACAGAUAAGAAACUCAUUAUCCUGGUAACAAAUUCAAAUGUGCGCCAUACUCUGUCUGGCAGUGAGUACCCUACCUGUCGGAAGCAAUGUGAACAAGCAGCUUUAGCACUUAACAAGCCCAGCCUCAGAGAAGCCUCCAUAGAAGAUUUGGAAGUUGCAAAGGAGAAGCUUGAUGAGGAGACAUUUAGACGAGCUCGCCAUGUUAUUGGGGAGAUUGCCAGGACUUCACAAGCUGCUGAAGCAUUAAAACUGGGCCACUACAGGGAGUUUGGAAAACUUAUGGUGGAAAGUCACAAUUCCCUCAGAGAUGACUAUGAAGUGAGCUGUCCAGAGUUGGAUCAAUUAGUAAAGUUAGCCUUGGAAGUGGAUGGCGUGUACGGCAGCAGGAUGACCGGCGGGGGAUUUGGAGGUUGCACUGUUACCCUGCUUAAUUCUUCAGCUGUGGAAAAGACAAUUAAGCACAUUCAGAAACAUUACAGUGGUGUGCCAGCUUUCUAUAUCACUACACCGUCAGAAGGAGCACGCAGCUUGACCUUCUGAAGACUGCACCACACAGGUUUGUGUUUAACAAUCACUUUUAACACUUUGAAUUUCUACUCUGAUGCAAGAAAAUCUGUUCUCCUGUGGAUAAAACAUUCUGGGCAGAUGACAAAUGGUAUCCAAAACCCAGAAUGACUGCCAUUCUGACAACACAGGGACCAAGCUUCAAGUUUUAAGGUCUUGGAUUUCAAGUCUAACUCAUGAUUUAAAAUUUGACUGAUGUACAGCAUUGUCCUUUCUAAUGUGUGAUAUUGGGAGUAUGUCAGUAUUAUAUCUACAAUCUGCAUUUUUAUGUUCUUAAUAAAACCCAGAGAGUGGAUUUAUCGUUGAGGUAUGAAACCACUGCUUGGUGCUGGGUCACCACACUAGAACACAGCAGGCGUUGUUGGUAUUUGUAUUGUAUGUGAUGUGUUGAAUGAACACAAGAGCCGCUGGGUGUCCAGAAUAAGAACCGUUUCUCAUGUUGACCUUUCAAUUUUAGAGAGGAUUUUACGACAGUGAUCAGUACGAAAUGCAAAUUAAGCAAAAAAAAAAGGCCUUUUUUACAGUACAUGAUUAUAAAAGUAGCACCUGAAGGAGAGAAAAAACUUACAAAAUAAGACAAGUUUUGUUGUGCGUAUCCUGAUAGCAACAGUCAUAGAUGUGAUAGAGCUGCUAGGGGCAUCAACAGACAUGACAGGAAGCACUCUCGGCAGGUGGGUUUGGUGUGUACUGGGCUGCAGGUCUUCAGCAGAAAGGGGCACCCAUGGGGUGAAUUUUUUUUUUUUUUUUGGAGGUCUGGCAAUUACAAUGAAACAAUGGAUUAUACUAAACUGGAACAGGAGCUGAAUCUCCCAUUAGGAUUACUAAAGUGUGUCUCCUGUAAUCUAAUGAGAAAUGAAGGUGCGGUUCAAGUAAGAUCCAGAAGGAUGUGCUUUACAGCAGCUUACCUUGCAUUGCAUCUUAAACAGAUGUGCUUGAAAAGUUCAUUAAAUAAUCAGAGUAACCGCUUAAUCAGUUAACUAUUGCACUCAGACUGUGUAGCAUGUACAAACUGUAUUUCUAUUAAAUGUAUCUGACAGUUCAGACAAAUUCACAGGGAGUACUUCCACAUAAUUUGACAAUGGUAAAAAUAAGUUCAAAAAUAUUUGCUUGCGAACUUUUUUUUUUUUUUUUAACCUUUUUGUAUGAAAAUGAGCAUCCAGGCAGUUCACAGCAAAAAUACUAAAACAUUUUACAGUCAAGGGCCACUGAUCAUCUUCCUGCUGCACUGACGACGAGCAUCUGCAGUCCGUUCAGGUGUCGCUCUCUCAUCUGACCAACGCAAGGUCUGUAGCUGCACCUCUGGCCUUCAGAAAGGGGAAUUCAUUCCCAGCUUGGUUUCAAAUUGCAACUUCUGGCGCUUUUGAUAACGAACUCGUACUCUGGAAAAAACAAAAUUCUUAAGGUCAGUUUCCACUUGAAAUUUCAUGGAUAUUCAUGCAAUCUGUCUGUUUCUAACCUAUGAUAAAUGCAUGUCAUCAGUUACUAGAAGUAUGAUCAAAGUCGUUAACUUUUUUUUUUUUUUUUUAAUCCCCUUUGAUUUUUAUAACCAAGAAUUUAGUUGUUGCUUGAGGUGUACACUUCUAUCAUACUUUGGUUACCAGAUGUUAAGAUUGGCAGGAGUCUUAUGUGUUUUUAGAAAGAAAAAAAAAACUUGUAUCUAGUACGAGUUCUAAUCCUAUGUACUGCUUUAUGAAGGCCAUUGUGAUAAAAAGAUAAAACAACAAUUCUCAGAUCUGCUAACUCCAGUUCAGGAUGGUCAGAGCCUAUUGCAGUAGAACUAACCCUGGAUGGAGCAGCAGUCCAUCACAAGGCACAUGUCCACCGCCUUCAAUUUUCCUUCAGGCCUGCUUAACAUCACCAGCUUUACUUUUGGCAUGGGAUAGCAAAACAUGCAGACGUAGGGGAGAACACGCAAAGGUAAAGGACUCAAACACCUGCAUUGGGAUGGUCAGCUUCACAGGGGGCACAGUGGUAGUAGUGCUGCUGCUUUGCAGUAAAAAGAUUGUGGGUUCGCUUCCCGGGUCCUCCCUGUGUGGAGAGCGCUUUGAGUAGUGAGAAAAGCGCUAUAUACAUGUAAAUAAUUGUUAUUAUUGUCACAACUGUGCAUUUACUGUUGUGAGACUCCACCAGUGGCUGGAGGAGACAUUAGGUGUUUAAGGAGAAAAACAUUUAAUGGACAAGCCAAAUUAAUUUUAAAUGUGAAAAGUCACAAACUCUUCACAUUUCAAUUCUCCAAAUUUUUUUUUUUUUUUUAGAUUUGUCUGAACUUUACGGCUACCUUUGUAAAUAAAAUGUAUCAUUACGAAAUCAAACUUGUCAAUUUGAGAUUAUUACUUCAGAAUUCCUUUAAAACAGAAUUUGUUGUUUUCAAGCAGCCUCACAUAACUGAUCAGAAUUUGCAGUUACGUAUGCUGUCGUACAAAUUGAGAGUUCAGCAUUGGACAACAGUAAAUAGAAUCAGAAGCUCUGUCCCACUUUCUUAACCAUGUUUGGCAUAUUUUACUUGUUAUAGUUAUGAAAAUUAGUUUGAUUUCAAAAACGCACCUUGCCUGACACAAAUUAACUAUUUUAUUUUAGCAGCACCCUCUCUCCAAAAAUGUGUGUUUCCAUUAACGUCUUAUAGAUGUCAAUCUGAAAUGGAUAAGCGGGUUAUAAAAAGGAUGGAGGUAGGGUGCUGAACUUAAAGGUGUUUAAUCUGGCCAUUAUUUUGAUUCCUUCAUUCCAAAUUCUGACACUACCAGGUAACACUACUCCGGCACAAGCCGUGUAUCGUUUUGGUUCUAAGCCAAUUUCAUAACUGGAUAAAAGUGUUAACACAAAAACUUUUUUGUCUUAAAAACCUAGCAGGACUUGACGUGUAACUGGUUUUGCCUCUUGCUCUGCUUUACCUGCACUUUAUUUUGUUCCCUCAGGUACUGCCCUGUAACUCCUGCCACAGGUUGAAGACACUGCUGUAGUCACAUUACAUAAAGACCACCCUUAUUUGCUUUAA